UAAAAAGUUCUUAUUUUAAAUUUGAUGUAUAUAAUAUUUAGAGUUAUGUAAAUUUCCCUAUAAAAUAUUAAGGUUUUGAUUAAAAGUCAAAGGCAAAUCUUACAAAAAAAACCAUAAGUCUUUUUUUUGGUUCUUUGUCCUAACAAAGUCUAGUUAAGCCGAGAGAGAGAGAUGAGGCCAGUCAUACUUUUCCAAGGCUAUUCGAGCACGACUGGAAGUGGUUACUCCACCGCAGUCACCGGAGAAAGCAUCACCGACGGCGUCCAAAGUGAGGUUACCUACACCAUUUGCAAGGGUCACACUUCACUCAUGAACACCAUCGACAUCAACCAGUCAGCAAACAUCAACAUCAAUCUUCUGGGAUCAGCAGAUGAGAAGAUGAAUUUUUUAAGGAAUCUGAAUAUAACAGAGAAAAGCUUGGCCAUCGUUGUGGUUGCUCGAAAAGUGGAAGGAAAGAGGGUUCAGACCAACGCUCGAUUGGCAUCUGAUAUCGCUGUUCCGAUCAGUGAUGUAAGCGAAUUCUUUUUCCAUUAUGGAGAUGCAUAUGUUUCCUCGAUCACCACAGGAGGGGAAUAUAUUGGAGUGUACUCAUUCCACACAGAAACUGAAAAUGAAAGUGUGAAGUUGGAGUUGGAGCUGAAGGCCAAUGGAGUAUUCAAGUUCGGCACACUUGGUGCUGAUUUUCAAGUGAGAUUGGAAUCCGCCGUUGAAAAUUCUCAGUCAAAGGUUUCAUUCAAGCAAAUGAUUUUGGGGGUUAAAGACAGUGAGUUGCCCAAAAGAGAAGACAUGGUUGAGUUUGCGCGCAAGUUUCCGAGCCAGACACUUAAUGCGCCUAAAGUUCUUGCAUUUGAAACAACUGGAUAUGAACAUGUUGUCGGUGUCGGCCAUGGUUUUGAUCCCAUCGCAAUAAACCGGAAUAAAUUAGUGGGUACGGGAUCUAGAGAUCUGGGCUUGGCAGGGGAAUUGGGUAAGGUAACCCAAUUGAUCAACCAAAUUCACGAAAUACAAUCCAUCUACGAUUUUUACGGUGGAUAUAGUGACCCUAAGCUAAGAGAGGUAGCCGUACAAGCAAAACAGGAUUUGGCAUCACUGCAAAGAAUCUUUUCAGCUUUUGAUAGCAAUCCAAUCCAAGAUCUCAGCAUACCCCACUUGCCUUCCCUUUCCAAAGGUACGCCGCGGAUCCAAUACACGAUUAGUUUCUCACCGGAGUUUGGUCGACGAGGUGCUCAAGAACCCAAGACCCCAUUUGACUUGUUCAUUGGGUACGAUGAGUACAUCAAGAACAAAACGAAGAUUACCGGGAUUCAAAUGCGAAGCGAUACUCGUGUGAAUAACAUCAUCGUUGAUUUUGAAUCGACUGUGGGAAGACACAGGGAGAGUUAUGGGAAAGCCGAGGGAGGGUGGAGUAAAAAGCUGUUGUUGGGAAGUGAUGAUUUUAUCAAGAAAAUUGAGAUCAGAUCUGAUCGAGAUGUUGAUCAACUCGGGUUCUAUGUGGAUCUAAAAAAUAAUAGAUGGGUAGUGAGUGGUGGCAAUGGAGGAAAAGAUCACACCUUUGUGGUGGGUGAUGGUAGUUUCAUUCUGGGAUUUAGGGGGUUUUAUUCAAACAUAAUUGACCAGAUUGACUUCGUCUAUGCCACGUUCCACCCGGCCAAAUGGUCAGCCUCGUAAAGGUAAUCUUGUUUAAGUUUCUACUUUUGCUUUAUAAGAUACAAGUAUUAUCAACUUUCCAUUAUUCUACAUAAGAGGAGUGCUAUCAACUUUCCAUUAUUAUCAACUUUCUUUUACAAGUUUUUUAGUUAAUUUUUACAUUCAAAAAUACAUGCUAGAAUAUAUUUUUUUUAAUUUUUCUUCAAGGUGGUGUUCGUUAUACUUACAACAAUAUCUUUGUAAAUUUUUGAAAAAUUUCGAAUAAUUUACAGUGCCGAAAAUACAUUUGAACACGUGUAGUAAAUUGGAAUAUCAGAAACUCACACUGUAAACUAUUUAGAAUUUUUAAAAAAUUUAUGUUGUAACUAUAACGAAUAUCAUUAUGAAAAAAAAAUUAAAAAAUAUAUUCCAACGUAUAAAUUAAUUAAGAGAUUGUAAUAGUAGAUUAUAAUUAACACUACCUGCAACAAUAAAAUUAGUACUGCUAUUGAUAAUUUUAUAGCGGAUAAUAAGUUGGGCCAAGGUGGUUUUGGACCUAUAUACAAAGUAAGUUCUCUCAUUUACUUGUUUCAGAACAUUUUCUCAUUACCUUUUACCAAUUAUGGAUAUUUUCAUUGUGAAUGCCUACAUUUUGCAAAGCUGUUGUGAAUCUGUGAUAUUAUUUCAAAAAAAAAAAUAAUAAUAAUUUAAUGGCAAUGCAACACAAGUAUAAUGAAACCUUAGUUACUAACAUGUGUUUGGAGAGUGAGAAAGUCACAAUGAAGAAAAAACUAUCACAUGUAAUUUUUUUUUUUGUAUAAUCUAUGCAUAAGCUUUAAGGCACAUAAUAAGAUGGUUUCUUUUUAAUUCAUGCUAA